GGUCGUAUGAAAACUACCCGAUUUUGAAUAGAGAUGGCGCUGCUACAACUAAAAAAAAAUAUUUUUCUAAAAAAUACAACUCUUCAAAUAACACGUGUCAAAAUUUCUCAGCGAUAUGACAUUUACAACAAAUUUUAUACGUGUUAGAAUUUAGUUACUUUUGUGCUUUUUGUCAACAUGGAAAAAAUUGAAUAUCGAGCAGUGAUAAAAUAUUUGUUUUUGAAAAAGAAAACAAACGACGAAAUUAAAUCGGAAUUUAACGAAGUUUAUGGAGACUCUGGACCGUCAUUAACAACUAUAAAAUAUUGGGUAGCUGAAUUUAAACGCGGCCGUACGAGCAUUUUUGAUGAGGAACGUUCAGGUCGUCCAAAUGAGGUCACUACACCAGAAAUGAUUGAAAAAAUCCGUGAUAUGGUAAUGAGUGAUCGAAGAUUGAAAGUGCGUGAGAUUGGUGAGAGUGUGGGCAUUUCAAUUGAACGGGUUAAUAACAUUUUGCAAAAUCAUUUGGAUAUGCGAAAGCUUUCCGCAAGAUGGGUGCCGCGAUUACUCACAACACACCAUAAACAAACACGUGUUUCCAUUUCAAAUGAUUGUUUAUCAAUGUUAAACGCAAAUCCCCAGGAGUUUUGGCGUCGAUUUGUAACUGUCGAUGAAACGUGGAUUCAUCACUCCACACCAGAGACCAAAGAACAGUCAAAACAGUGGACUCGUCGUGGUGAACCAGCUCCAAAGAAGGCAAAGGCGAUAUUAUCAGCAAACAAGGUUAUGGCCACAGUAUUUUGGGAUGCGCGUGGGGUUAUACAUAUUGAUUACCUACAA